AUGGACCCCACAGGAAAUGACCAACACUGGGCCCAGGCUUCAAAACGGCGCCGCCUGAACCACCCCCCUAAUGGCUGGCAAUCAGGAGAUGAUGAAGGCGGUCAAGCGCCACCGCCAUGGCUGCCGGCACCGGCUUCAGACAGACAUCGCUUGCACCGCCCAUCGGAACACGACAAAAUACCAAACACUCUCCCAUCGGUUCAAAACUCAGCCUCCAUCACAUUGUCGGCUGGCUUUGCUACAAGCUAUGGAGGACAAACUCCACGGCAGUUCCUACCCACCCCUGCAAAUCAAGUUGGUUAUACUCAUUUUGCGAGGACUUUACCACCACUACCAACAUUGGAGCCGACUAAGAGCUCCUGGUCCUCCCCGUAUGGCGGCGCCACCUCACUGUCCUUAAACGACAAAACAGCGUAUCAGCACCCUGGAGCCCAACUGGGACGAACAAGUCACGAUGCUAUGUUUAUCCUCCCCAAACCCCCAACAUCCAUGAAAGGUUCUUACCCAGCUGGUGUUUACAACAAUCCAGAACGAGACACAGAACCCGAGUACUCUAGCUCUAUAUCCGGGCCAGAGGAAACCGAUACUACCAUGUCCAAGGUCGUGUGCUUCGGGAUGGUCCAAUCAAUCCCCGGAAAAUGUGACAAGGAUAUGCUCGCAACAGCCGUCAGCCCGUUUCUAGUUCAGAUUGUGUCAUCUGACCGUUUCGUCACGGCAGAUGGGACAGAAGGAAGUGGAAGAAUUGCAGCGGAGCAUGGACAGAUGAUCCAAAGUCUUCUCGAAGAAAGCAGCAUUCAGCUGUUUGCCAUGUGCACAUUAGACGCGGAGCAGACAGUACGGAGAGCAAACCGCAUCACUUCUCAUCUGUUUCGACCAUGCACGCUGAGUCUCACCAUUUAUGGCCCCGAGGAUAUGUUCGAAGAUAUUGGCGUCUGGUUCCAGGAGUACGGCGUGUACCUUCAGGAUGUUCGUCAUGUCCACCUUGACACUAAGUACUGCAACCCUCACAAACUGUCAGUCGGUAGCAUUGAUUCCUGUCCCUUGGUAUCCGACGUCGUCCGGCAGUCUUCAAAAUCCCUUUUGCUUGAGGACAUCCCCAAUCGACCCGACCUUCUCGAUCUUUUGAGUCACGGGGACGAGUUGGAGGAGGCGCAACAGCCUACUCUGAUUUGUACAGAGUUGAAAAAUAUCACAGAUUGCGCUAACGGGAUGGCUACUAGACACCAAAAGCAAGCCCUAACGUUCAUGCUUCAUCGGGAGCGGGGAUGGACAUUUGAGGAGAAGCAAACCGACCUCUGGGAGUAUCUAGAUGUCGACCAUGGAGAGGUUUCCGGGGCUCAUCAAAACGAAGAGCCACCUCCAUUCUACGGUGGCAUCAUUGCCGAUCCAAUGGGCCUUGGAAAAACACUGACCAUGAUCUCUUUAGUAGCUACUGACCUUAACCGUAACUUAGCUGGAGAUUUUGCGCUGGACAUGAGCGAAGAAACCAAACCUCGCGUUACUGCAACGCUCAUCGUCAUUCCACCUCCUCGAUCGUGUAUGCUAAUCCUUUUCUUCUGCAUUAGGCAUGUCGUUCCCGGCGGCAUGAAGUUUUGGCGCCAUCACGGGAAGACGAGACUGAACGACGUCAAGGAACUUGAUGGUAUUAACGUGGUGUUCACGACAUAUCAGACGGUGUCUGCCGACUGGAAACCUGCCAAUCGAUCAGCUCCCUCCAUCUUGUUUUCAGUGCGGUGGCGGAGGAUCAUCCUAGACGAAGCACAUUUCAUCCGCAACGGUGCUACCAAAAUGGCCCGGGCAACCUGCGAGCUGGAUUCAGUCUCCCGUUGGGCUGUGACGGGCACGCCGAUUCAAAAUGGGCUCGGCGAUUUGCAGGCACAGCUCAAAUUUAUCCGAGUCUAUCCGUACGACGACCCGAAGCAGUUUGAAACGGAUAUAUCCCGCCUCUGGAAGUCUGGGGAAGAUGACGAAGCUGUAAAGAGACUGAAACGCCUCUCCGCCUGCAUCCUCCUACGACGAUCCAAGGCAACCAUUAGCCUCCCUGCUCGUAGGGACAUGACGUGUGCGGUUGACUUCAGCCGAGAGGAGAGGGCGACAUACGACGAGGCGAGAGAGCAAACAAUCACCAAGAUUGACGAGGCUCUUCAUGCGAGCUCAGAAUCGUCCAGAGCUAGCGUGUACGUCAACGUACUUCAGCAGAUCGAAUCCCUGCGGUUGAUCUGUGAUCUCGGACUUCAUUACCAUACACGACGCAACCGUACAGCACAGAGCGCUUCGGCCUCCGAUGAAUGGGCCGCCGCGGCGCAACAGACCUUCAACAUCCAGCGGGAAAUGGGUCACAUCGUCUGCCUGCAAUGCUCCUCGACGACAAGCCUGACGGAGUCUCUAUUGGAAGAUAGCCACGAUCCGUCCUCCUCACGGCAGCAGCCGCAAUUCUUCCGAUGCUUACGCUUUGCCUGCGGAGAGUGUGUGCAGAAGUUGCAGAGAGCGAAACAAGUGCUGGGUUGUGGUCACAAACCCUCGUGUCUGGUGGCACCCGUGUCUGUCAACCAUAGUUUCAUGGAAGUUGUCCCCGCUACGGUGUCCGACGCGGCAUCGGCGCCGCAGACAGCUCUGCCCUCAAAGAUACAGGCACUUGUGACGGAUAUCAAGGCGGCACCAGCCGAUGUCAAAUGGUAUCGUACCCGAGCUCCUUAUCCAUCACUAUCAGCUGCAAGGCCUUGGAACCCAACGCUAGAAGAACAAGCUCUUGCACGGAUCCAUCGACUAGGCCAGACGCGAGAAGUGACAACGGUGCGGUUCUACAUUCGGGAUUCAUUUGAAGAGCGAGUGAUUGAGCUACAAAACGAUAAAAAGCAACUUGAUCGCGUGCUGCUUUCUCCUCACGACGGGGGUCAGGGCGCUCAGAGGGAUGACAGCUUCGGGGAUCUUCACAAAUUACGAGCGUUGCUGUAA